GGGCAGCGUGACGGCCGAGGAGGAGGAGAAGGGCAGCGUUCCGGGAGGAUGCCCCGCGCCCUGCUGCGCGACCUGAACGCCGCGCUGUCCUGCAUGCUGUGCGGGGGCUACCUGGUGAACGCGGCCACGCUGGUCGAUUGCCUCCACUCCUUCUGCAAGGUGUGCAUCGUGCGCUACCUGGACACCAGCAAGCUGUGCCCCAUCUGCGACGUGCCCGUCCACAAGUCCAGGCCGCUCAGUUGCCUCAGGGUGGACAAAACUCUGCAGGACAUCGUCUACAAGGUGGUUCCGGGACUCUACCAAAGGGAGAUGAAGCAGCGCCAGGAGUUCUACGACCAGCAUCCCGACGCAGCCUCCAAGGUGUCGUGCCUCGAGGACCGCGGCGUGGUGGAGGCCUCAAGCAGGCUCAUCUUCAGCCCCCAGGACACCGUUAGCGUGUCCCUCGAGUACUUCACCGGCACGACGCAGGAUCGGGAGUCUGAAGACGACGGGAAAGAGUGCGCUGCCGACGCUGCCGAUGACGGGGGCAAUGAUGACCGGCAGGGGCCGCGUCGGUUCCUGAACUGUCCCGCAGCCUUCACCGUCAACCACCUGCAGAAGUUCCUCCGCACAAAGUACGCCUUGGGGCCCAGCCUUAAGAUCGACAUCCUGCACAUGAACGACGUUCUCUGCGAAGGUUACUCGCUCAUGGACGUGGCCUACAUCUACGCCUGGAAGAGGGAUUCUCCCCUACGCCUCGCUUUCCGGGUGUACUCCCAACCUGCAAAGCGACCUGCCUCGACGGACACGGCUGGGGCCCAGGCGGACGUUGACGAGAGGCACUGCGACGGGAACCCGACCGGACAACAACAACAGCAGUGCCCCCGCGAAGAGGCGACGGCACCCGGUCGACCGGUGCCGGAGGAGUCUUCAGAGGGAGUGGAAGAAGGCGUCGCCCAGAGCCUCGCGAGUCCGGAACCGGACGCUGCAGGACCUCCCGCGACGCUAGUGCCGAGGGACAUGCACCCGCCAGAUGGAGCUGCGGGCGCUGUCACUCCGCCCGUCGUACCCGCUGCAGAGACGCGCCUACCCGAGACACGGGACGCGUCAAUGGCAGCAGAGACGCCUGCUGCCUUCGGGAGUGCCCAGAUGGCGGAGACGGUCCUAUCGUCCUUCCCGCAGCAGGAACAACGGCAGAAGGCGUCUGAGCCUCCCGCCGAGAGUCUCCCCGCCCUGUCCAAGAUCACCAUUAGCACGCUGGACAGGAGCAGCAACAAGAUCACCAUCCAGACGAAGGAGGUGCCCCCGACAGUGGCGCAGGCCAUGUCCCCGCCCCGCUCCCCGCAGUCCAAGAAGUCCAGGCGCAAGGAGCAGCGGAACGCCGAGCGGACGCUGCAGUACGCCAGGCACCAGAGACGGUCCCCGGACAGCCAGGGGCGCCCCUGGAGCCGGUCCCCGGAGCGGCCGGAGGGAGCGACGACGGCCAAGAACCGGAAGCUGGACGGCGCCGAUUUCGCCGGGGUCGACGGCGCACAAGGCCGCGGCGAGGCCCGCCCCGCUUCGCCCGGCAAGCUGCUUCUCGAGUGCGCGUCGCUCCCGGAGCCGGCCAAGAGGAGCCAGAGUCCCACCGGGAAGGGCUCCGGGGCCUGCAGCUCCGGACUACCCGCUUCUCCGCCCCAGGCCCACCCGCAGACCCCGAAGACCCCUCCCGCCACCCCGCUCGCCUCGAGCCCCACGAAGGGCGAGGAGGACACGCGGCCCCUCGACCUCUCGGUGUCCCACCGGGGCUUGCCGGCACCGGCGCCCGUGCGCAGGCCUGUUGGGAGGCCUCCCCUCGUGCUGCCCACGGCGUGCCCACCGGGGACCGCCAAGGGACCCGCCUCGCCCUCCCCGUACCGCAAGGCGGCGGUGGCGUCCCCCGCGGUGUCGCUGUACCAGAAGCCGGCCGUGGCGGUCAACCAGGCCGCCACGUCCUCGCCCCUGUCGCAGCAGCACCACCACCACCACAACCACCACCGGAGCGGCAGCAGGGGCUUCCUCAAGGGCGCCAACCUGACGUGCAUCAACCCGGACCCGGACGCCUUUCACCCGCGCAUCGUCAUCAAGAACCUGCAAACGCGGGCUUCCUGCGUACGGUUCAACAAGAUGUGAGGCCGCGUCGCCGAGUCGCCCUCUCCCUCGAGGAGACGGCGUGGCAUGUACACACAGCAUUUGAAUGCGAAGCUUUCAGUUGCGGCAGGCCGACGCGUAGCGUCGCGAAGAGCGUUUGCGCCAUGCUUGUACGCACAUCUUCCUUGACACGCAGUCGACUGAAGUCAGUGGUGCGAGCGAGCGCGCGGACCAUCCUCCUUCGUUUCUCGAACGAUCAACCGCAACGCAGCGGUAGGGAAAGUCCAGUACCGCACUUGCUCCCAUGCGUCGCACCGAUAGACGUUCCGCUCUACGUACCGCUAAUAACCGCUUUCGGCAGCAAGGACGCCGUUGCGCACUCGAAGGCGCGUAUGGCGCUUUAUAUAAUAGCGGGCGCCUUGUUUCUAGUCUCCUGCGGGUGUCUCUCCUACUGCGCGCGUACGCGCAGCUGUCGCGCGAGACGGCGCCGUUUGUUUGUGCGUGCGAGUGGAAUAUAUGAGUGGAUGGAAGCCGUCGUGGCGUCAGCGGGAAGACAACUGGAUACACACACUCCCUGCCGGUCGGAUACAUCCAGGUGCGUCGGCAAUGCGUGCUCCGUGUUCGCCGGCGGUCGUGAUCGCUGUGCUCCCUCUCUCUCUCUCUCAUCGUGACCCGCCGAGACCUUCUCUUGCCCCGCAAUACGAAGCGAGCCCCUGAGGGGUGCUCCGUGUGCAACCUCCCACGUGGGUGGGUUGGCGGCGACAAUUUCAGUGUGUGCAAAUUCGUGAGCUGUUGCGUGAGUAAGUGUCUUCCACAACAGGAGUACGUGCACACCUGGAUUACACCGGAUUACCUCGGAUUACGGCGUGCGGUCCUGGUGAAGUUCGACUGUGCUCUUGAGAAUGUUUGUUUCCCUGGUUCUAUCGAAGUGCUCUUUGUCGAAGAGCAGUUGCGGAAGCGCUCUCUAAGCGUGAGACGGGCUGGGAACAGAGCCCUCACGCCGAACGGCGCACAAAGGCGCCUAUAGUUGUAGUAGCCGCGGUAAAGCGAGAUUGUGCAAUAUUGGCCGAUACGCGUUAAUCCUAUAGACCGAACAGCUCCAAAAGGAGACACCGCGCAUGGUGUACAUUGCUUACGUAGACCGCACUGCGUAUAUAAUUCUUUCUUUUACAUUGCGUCGAGGAAAUGUUGAAAGUUAGGGAAUCCACGACGUCAUUGCUGCACGUAGUCUGGUCGGAUUUUAAUGGUGUUAUUUGCCUGAACAAUAAAAGGCCUCUGAAAUAACGUGAU